AUGGCCUCCCUAGUGCGCCACUUUAAAUCGCUUCUCUCCAAGCCCGUCGCCAACAAUGGCUCGCAGCUACGCGACCACCAAGCCAACGAGCGCACCUUUCUCUCAUGGACUCGCAUGGGCCUCGCUUUUGCCGCCAUGUCCAUUGCCCUUGGGCGCCUGGGACUCAUCGAUCAUCUCAUUCACAGCAACUACUCUCCCGAUUAUAAUAAUAAUGACAACAAUAAUAAUACAAAAGAUAAAAUCACGACAGCCGACAAGCCCAAAACCCAGCCAAUCCACUCCGCCGAAAUCCUCGCCAGUCAGAUCUGCCAGAUCCUCAGCGGCUGGUCCUUUGGCUAUGGCUUCUUUCGCUACGUUUCUGUUAGGAGGAAUCUGCUGAAGGGUCGGUUUGUGCCUGCGCUUUGGGGGCCUGUGUUUAUGACUUUUGGUUCGAUUGGGUCGCUCGGCGCGAUUUUGUACAAGGAUGAUAUUUUUCCGAGGUCGAAGUUGAGAGUUCAAGUUUGA